AUGCCACCGCGACUUCCUGCCACUGCUGCGAGCAGUAUCUUCAAUUUGACCAGUCUGCUUCAGAGCUUGCCCGCAACCACACGGAAUCAAGCACUCACAAAGUGCUCUGCCUGCCUCUUCUCCACCACAGCUCCUUUAGAAGCGAAGCGGACGCGGAAACGAAAGGUCAGGAAGCAUGUCGACCCAUACCGCCUGGCGCAGGCCCGGCAGCGCAAAUCAGCCAAUUUAGCACGACAAAAAGUGUUGCAAGCAGAACGCGAACUCGCCCUCGGUGACCCUGUCCGAUCACGGCCGACGCCGUUUGUCAGUUCGUUGCAGGCAAACGCUCCUAUCGCAACGAUCAAAGAGUCCUACCUAAACUACUUUCUGAAACCGGAGGACGUGCAAAAAUCCCUAGAAUACUCCAAGUGGCUGACUGAACCUCUUCCGGAUUCCAGCCCCAUUGUGGGAGCUGAAGCACGGCUUGCUGAACGAAUCAAGGAGCAUGCCGCUUCCCACGGAAAUGCUUCGAAGGCCUUGCUCGCUAUUGCCUCGCUGGAGAACGCUAGCAGCAAAGAUCGCACACGCAUCAACAUUCAAAGAUGCAUCGAAGAGUUUGGCCGCCACAACACGGAAGGGGUUCUUGCGCCGGGGCUCCAGAGCAAGCAGAAUGCCUGCAAGGAAAGCGAAGGGACCGAUACCACUGCCAUCACGGUCCCGAAACGGAUCGGUGCAGACACUGGAUCUCCCGAAGUCCAAAUUGCCAUACUCACGGCAAAGAUCAACGUCCUCGCGAACAACUUGCACAAAAAGGACAAAAGCAACAAGAGGCGAUUGAGGAUGAUGGUGCACAAGAGACAAAAGUUAAUGGCGUAUCUCAGAAGACAAGACCGAGGCGGGCCAAGAUGGCAGAAUGUCGUUGAGAAACUUGGGCUCAACGAUGCCAUGUGGAAAGGAGAGAUCAGCUUGUAA